AUGACCAUCUCGGCAUGCAGGGCCACCAGCGGUGGAUUUGCAACAGUUUGCUCGCCGUUCUUCUCGGCGUUCGACGCCGCGCUGUGGGGCCUCAUGGCGUGGAAGAUCGUGCGGCACGUGCGGCCGCUGUGGGCGCGGUGCGGCUGCCGCGGGCUCGCCGGCGCCGUCCUCAACCGGCGCCGCGCGCCGUGCCACUCGACCGUGCCGUUGCUGCACGUGUGCGCCCUGGUCGAGAUAGAAAGCAAAACUUUUGGUUCAAAUGAGUCUGGACCAGACAAUUCCUUCUGGACACAACAGGGGGGCCUCAGGAGCACAGAAUGGUUCUCAUGUAGAACAAUUGCCUUCUCAAGUGCCCCUUUUGUAGUAACUCUCUUUGUGCUGACUUGUGUAGAACCAGAAGUUCUUUUCACUAUUAGCACUGUUGGAAAUGCAACUGAUUACAUGGCUAAGUUUGUGGUGAAACCCAAAAAGGAGCUGAAAUCACCAUUCUUGGUAAAGCGCCAUCUCUUCCUGAAGAGACGACCUGAUCCUACUAUACUAGACGAAUUGUACAGAUUGACAACAGAUAUGAACCAUCCUGAGACGUCCAUUUGGGCAUCAAGCAAUGGCCCGUUCCCCAUCCGUUUAAGCCAUGCAGCUAUCAAGAAAUCAGUAGAACAAGGAAAAGUGAUGGAUAGGACUUGCCUCAACAUGGCUGUCAGAAAUAUGGCAAGAGAGGAUGCUGAAAAUUUUAUGAACACAAAAUGUCUAGGUUGGAGGCAUUAUGUUGAUUCAAACUGGAUGCAAUCGACCAAGGUUACCAACAAUCUAAGGACUGCGUAUUCCCGUGAAGCUACUCUGUAUGAUCCUUCAGGAUCACAUCUGGUACUAAUUCCUGUAAUAGAUGCUGGCCAAUGGACACUGUAUGCUUUCAACAUGUGCGAGAAGAAGCUCAGCAUUCUGGACUCUCGACGAGAUGCCAGCGAAGGCGGCGAUGAGGAUCCUGCGAGGCGCCACGAGGAGACCCGGAGAGCUGUGUGCGCUGCUCUUGACAAAACCAUGGAUCUUGACUUCAGUUUGCUCUCCUGGGACUGCGAGCUUCCCAAAGUGCCUAGGCAACAGAACAGUUGUGACUCUGGAUUCUUUGUAUUCAAUUUUAUGCGUUUGUGGGAUGGUCAUCGGCUGAUUCGCUGGUUUUCAACUGAAACAAUGGAGUUGCGAAAGAACUUUCUGGCAUACAUACUCUCCAGCUCGAAUGAGCAUCAUCCUGAAAUGCCUGCUAAUGUUUCUGAGUUGAUAAAAAGGCUCCCUGGGGACACGAGGAUGGAUCUUGAGCUAUUGAAGGCUGCAAGGGCACGCAACAUAGUUGCAUUCUGCAAACUCAUAGAUCCACAACGAAGCGCAGAACCGAGCAUAAAUCAUGCGUCAAUCAGUAUCAACCAUCAGCCGGCGUUCUGUUCGUGCCUCUGCUACUGUUUCCAUUUCGAGUGCACAUCGUCACGCCGUUCUGACGAUCAAAUAAUGCAGAGCGCAGCGAAAUCAACAUCUAGUACUGACAGAGGCCAGCCAACCGAUGAUAGCACCACGAAUUCAGCAGCCAACACUUGUCCACUGAUACGGCAAGUGACGGCUGAUGGCAGCGGUGUGCUCCACAUCGCCGCAAGCUUCGGUGAUGUCAAACCUGUGGAAGCCGUCAUGGAACGGCAGCGGAACGAAGGCGGCGUCGCAGCGGUGGCGGCGCUUCUUCGAGCCGAGAACAAUAGAGGGGACAGGCCGCUGCACCACGCGGCUGCCACGGGGAGCAGGGAGACCACCGAGCGCAUCGUGGAGAGAGCGAAGCAGAUCAUGGGGGAAGAGUCUGAGGCCGCGUUCGUGUGGUUUCUGCGCGCGAGAAACCUCGACGGUCAGACUUGCCUGCAUGAGGCUGUACGGCUCGGCCACAGGGAUGUUGUGGAGUAUUUGGUUCGGGAAGAUGCACGUUGUUGUUGUAGGGUUCCGAACCGAUCGAGGGAAGUCGCGCAGCCGCUGGUGCAGGCCGUGGACAACGAGCGCAUUUCUCCGCUCUACCUAGCCACCACCCUGCUAAGAGAGGAGAUUGUGGAGGCGCUGCUUGCAGAAAGUGUGGCUUCGGUAAUCUCGCCAUCCUAUUCUGGGCCGGCAGGAAAAACAGCCUUACAUGCUGCUGUUCUCUUGAGCAAAGAACUGAGUAGCAUACUGGUGAAUUGGAAGCCUAGUCUCAUCCGGACACCAGAUGAAUCUGGGAGCACCCCACUUCACUAUUUGGCAGACGGGAAGUACACAGAUGAGGCCAGCUGCAUUUCCAUUACUGAACUUCUCCUUAACAAGGACCCAUCGUCAGGCUACUGCGAAGAUUCAGAGGACUCGUUGCCCAUUCACGUUGCUGCUGCAUAUAAUACGCUUUGCAUCAUCGAUCAGUUCGUGAAAAUGUGCCCUGGCUGUGAGUCAUCACGCAAUGCCUCUGGCCAGACAAUCCUCCAUGUUGCUGUUCAAAGGGGAAGCUAUGAUAUCGUGCGACUUGUUUGUUCAGAUGUCAGGUUUAAGAUGAUACUGAACACGAAGGAUAACGAUGGAAAUACUGCACUUCAUUUGGCUGUCCAGAAGGGAUGUCGCAAGACGUUUGGCUUCUUGAUAGGAAACAGGGGUGUCUGUGUAAGCACCAGAAACAAAAAUGGGUAUACGCCUCUUGAUCUUGCUGUGCUGAACAAAACAAGCAGAUGGACGUAUGUCACUUAUUGGCCAGGCCACCAGCGGUGGAUUUGCAACAGUUUGCUCGCCGCCGGAGCUGACUACGGCACCUUCCGCGCCGACCACCUCCCCGCCGGCAACAUCCCUGCAGCAGCUGCUACCGAUCAGGCAGCAGACAGCCAGGCGUUCUCCGAGACCCUGAGCAAAUCCGCGGCGGUAAUGGCGACAUGCGCGGCGCUGCUCUUCAACGCGGCGCUCAACAUGUUCCUCAACGCAGAUUCGGUCUACCGCACCAGCAAGAACACCACGGCAGCAGCAGCAACCCCUCAGGGGAUCGACCAGGCGAGGCUAUAUCUGAAGGUGAAGAAGCUGAGCGCGGACUCGCUGAGCGUCUCCGCGUGCGCCAUCCUCCUGUUCGCCAUCGCCGGGUUCCCCAUCCUUCCCGGCGCCAUCGGCCGCACCGUCGCGCUCAUCCUGGGCCUCGGCGUGCUCGUCGUGUCGUCCAUGAUCAGCCUCCAGGCGUUGGCCGAGCGGCUCGACCUGUCGAGGGUCUACGGCACCGGGAUGGGCGCCUUCUGCCUGCUCCUCUCGCUCUUCUACGCCGUGCUGUGCGGCGACCUGGCGUGGAGGACAGCGCGGCACGCGCGACCGCUCUGGGCGCGGUGCGGCCGCCGCGGGCUCGUCGGCGCCGUCGUCAACCUGCGCCGCGCGCGGAGCCACUCCGCCGUCCCGUUGCUGCAUGUCUGCGCCCUGGUCGAGGUGUUGGUGCUGACAUGCGCUAUUCUCGCCUGGGGCGUGCUGAUCGUAACCAAAAGUUUCCCAGUAUCGCUGUGGCAGCUUAUUAGCAAGUGA